CCCCCGCAAAAACCGCAUCGUGUUCUGCCUCUGGGGUUAAAACUUCUCCGGCACAUUGGCCUGUGGGGUGACCACCGCGUUCGGUACAAAUAUGUCCUGAUGGUGGGCUACAUCGUAACCAUUUGGAUUGGCCCUAAAAUUGUUCUCGGCUCCGGGAAGGAGGGCUUCGACUCCUUCAUCAGAAACAUUGCGGAAGUGAUAUUCCUGUCGGAAAAUUGCAUUACCAUCGUUUUAUUCACCGUCAAGAAUCGUACUUUCGAACGGCUUGUUGACGUUCUGGAACGCAUAUUGCAGCGCAGGUGGCCGAAGCAUCUGGAGGACGAAAUUGAAUCUUUCAAUCGGCGGAUGGAGACUGUUUCAAAGAUAUACGCUAUUUACAUCUUUGUUCUGUUGAUCGUUUUCGUGUCUGUUCCUAUUUUGUCCACGGCGAUAAAGCUAAUUUUUUUGGAUGCAGCCGACAGGGGCGACUUUACGUUGUCCAACGAAACACAAUUUUACUGGUUGAAUAUCCGACGAAAGCUGAGUCACUAUGCUGUCUUUACGUUCUUCUGCUUCCCGGCGUCAUGCUGUUCGGCAUUUAUCAUUACCAUGAAGGGGACUAUAUUCCAGGUGGUAAUUUAUUAUGGAUCGAAAUUGUUUGAUUUACUAGCAAAACGAAUUGAUGUCAUGGCCGAUCUUGCCAAUGACGAGGACGAACGUCGCAAAGAACUUCGAGAAAUUGUACAGUUGCAUCAAUUGGUGUUGGAAUAUUUGGAUCAUCUGGAAAGUACCAUGAGUUUCAUUCUGAUGAAUCAGAUAAUGAGCUGUCUUCUUGUUUGGUGUCUGAUGCUGUUCUACGUUUCUACGAACUUUGGAGCCGAUGCUGCCAACCUAAUUCUUCUGUUCGUAAUACUGAUGGGUGAAAUGGCGAUCUACUGCAUCAACGGGAAUAUUCUGAGUGAUAAGGCCGCAGAGGUGGCACAUGCAAUGUAUCGAUAUCCUUGGUACAGGGAACCGGCCGAUGUGCAGAGAACGAUCCGACUCAUUAUUCAACGGGCACAAAAGCCAACCGGGGUUACCGCGGCCAAGUUCUACUUUGUCAAUAUAGAAAGAUUUGGAGCAACGGUACAGGCCACCUAUUCAUACUAUUUGAUGCUGAAGAAUACUUUUUAAAUCAAUAAACCUUGGAUGCAAG